UGUAUAUUGUAUUUCGGAUACACAGAAUAGACAGCAGUGAACAAGGCAAAAUGCUAAAUCAAGGGCGUUUUAUUAUAUUUUUUUAGUGUAGGAGGGAAAGUUAUGUAACCCGUGGCAAUUCUUUUCCAUUUGUUCGUGUAAUUCGUGCAUCGCAAAUUACAAUUGCAUUUUCAGCAUAAAUUAAAAAUACAGUUUGAAACACAAUUUGUGGGUAGAAGAAUUUACUGCACGGUAACUGCAUCUCCUGUGCUACAGUAGAUUCAUGACAUGUCAUUAACAACACAUCGUAGUAUUGUGUUCGGUAGAAGCAGUAGCUCAACCUACUGUAAUAUUUAAUAACAACAAAUAUUAGAAUCAUUAAAAAAAACGCACAGUACAGAAGUAAGAUGAUUGUUUACUACUGUUUUGUGAAACUAUUGUUUUGAGUUUAAAAAGUAAAAUGCGCGUUUCAUGAAGGUGUAGCAUGAUCAAUGUUUGUCAUAUUUUGUAAUUAAAUCCAGGAAUGAAGGCAGCAGUAUAAUAGUGAAAUAAUCAAAUUAAAACCUGCCAUGUCAGACAAGGUCUCCGAGGAUGACAUAUGGGAAUACACGUCUAUAAGAAAAAAACCCAAAAUAGUUGAACACAAUACUAAGAAAUUAAAGGAAAUAACUAAACUAGAUGGUAAUAAAACAACGAGGCAAAGUAUAGGAAAAAAGAAUCGCAAGAAAAAUCUAGACAAAGCCAGCAGCCUUGAAGAAGAGACCACACCUGAUGUUUACUUCCUGCACCAACAUCCAAGCACCCCUAUUAAACAACACAGGAGAGUUCAAAGCAAUGGAGAAAAACAAACAGCCACAAAUGGACAGACUGUUCACGAGGGACACUGCCCUGGCUGUCAAAUGCCUUUCUCCGUGCUGGUUGUGCAGACGCCUCGGUGGCACGUAGCGGAAUGCUUGGAUACCCAUGGGAGUGGAGACGGUACAGAGUGCCCCGAUGGCCUGCAUUGCAGUUCUACAAUUCCGAACCAUUACAAACGCUACACUCACUUACUGCUGGCUCAGAGCAGGGCCACAGGUGACCAAGACUGCUGCCAGGAAACCUUGGCCAGUGCUUCCACCUGCCAUAGCCAAAAUAUUGAUCCCAGUCCCACAGGAGCGUCCCCAACUUCACAGCAAGAGAACACUGCUGGCAGCAAGCCAAAUGCACUGCUGCUCUUGAGAUCUCCUGCCUCUGCAGAGAUCAAGAAAAGGUCAAGGACAACUCCGUCUCCCAGAGCAGCAACUGGAAAGAUAUCCAGCUCCCCAAAGAAUUUGGAUACAAAGCAAUCUUUGGUAGGGUCCCAGAGAAAUCUUUUGUUGCAAAAAGGUAAAGAUCAUGUUAAAGCAAGUGGAUUAUCAAUGGAAAGAGGACCCAGGAAUGUACCAGAAGAUUUCAACAGCCUUCCACUGUCAGCAGCUGUACCCAGUGAUGAAGAGAUAUCUUACUCUCCGCUGUGCAGUGACUCUGAAGAUGUUAAACCAAAACAUGACUUAUUUCACACCAAUAUAAAUGAAUGCAAGGAGGGGGUCGUUAACAACUUUAAUGGGCUUGAUUUUGCCAGUUCACAAAGUCUAACCAAAUCACCAAAUUUAUGGGAUGAAGACUUAAGUGAUACUGACCUGUUUUCUGAUUAUUUUAACGAGUCUCCACUAAAUGGGAUUGACAGCAAUAAAAGAAUGAACAGCACAGCAGUGGAUCACUCCACACAGACAGUUCAGACAUGUGGGCCCUGGUUAGCACAGCCUGAGCGCCACUACAAUUAUGAGAUCAUUAAUACAGAGUGUCAAUUGCACAAAUUGAUUUCACCUGGAAAUGAGAUCCUUAAAGAGGAUUUGGUGGUUUCAGAUGGCACAAGUUAUUGUUUUACUCAGGAAAGGAGCAGCACGUUGGUAGACUCUUUACAUGCUAAGAGCGAGCCAGUGGUUUCAUUUCAUUCCCCACAAAGUGUAGUUUUAGAACAUUUAAGGAACCGUUUGACUCACACUGGAGGUAGAAAUGGUUCACAUUCUGAUGUUUUACAUUCUCUAAAUAUAAAACAAGAAAGGCCUUUAACUGAAAGUGUCACACCAUCACAAAACCUCAACCCACACUCUCAAAAGAUGGCUCCGAAAAGGUUGCUCGUGUCAAGAAGCAAGCCUUCAAAUGCGGGACUUAGGCAAACCGAUAUUGGAGUGUUUUUUGGACUGAAGCCCUUGAAAGAGAAGGAGAUAGAGGUAAAAGAGAAGCAACCCAACAAGACUACGCAAGCUGCAACAAGUGAAUUAAACUCUGAAGUCCACCCUAGCAAAAGGAAGCCAAGGCAAAGGAAGAGAAAGGCUACAAGUUCAAUCGGGGAUUCUGCAGAACAAGAAGCUGUGGAUGGGUCUAAUAAUAAUGAAGCACUUACCCCAAAAGAAAAGGGAAGCCGACCAAGGAGAAGAGGAUGGUGUAAAGGAGGCUCUGCAAAAGAACCUGAAAAUGGAGAUGCUCCUGCCGCCAGACGAUGCCCUUUCUACAAGAACAUUCCAGGGACUGGUUUUGUAGUGGAUGCCUUCCAGUAUGGAGCUGUAGAAGGGUGCACUGCCUACUUCCUUACCCAUUUUCACUCUGACCAUUACGGGGGGCUGAAGAAGAGCUUUAGAUUACCGAUCUAUUGCAAUAAAAUCACAGGCAAUUUAGUGAAGAGCAAGCUUGGAGUGGAAGAGCAGUAUGUGAACAUUCUCCCCAUGAAUACAGAAUGUACAGUGGAUGGUGUCAGGGUUACAUUGCUCGAUGCUAAUCAUUGUCCAGGUGCUGCAAUGCUGCUCCUCCACCUUCCCAAUGGGAAGACUGUGUUGCACACGGGGGAUUUCAGAGCAGACCCUUCUAUGGAAAGAUACCCUGAAUUAGUGGGCCAGAAAGUGCAAACCCUCUACCUUGAUACCACGUACUGCAGUCCUGAAUAUACUUUUCCGACACAACAAGAAGCCAUCACCUUUGCUGCUACCACUGCCUUUGAAACGUUAACCUCAAACCCUCGGACCCUGGUGGUCUGCGGAACCUACUCUAUUGGGAAAGAAAAGGUCUUCUUAGCUAUUGCUGACGUGUUGGGGUGCAAAGUGUGCGUGUCCCGGGACAAAUACAACAUCAUGUGUUGCCUGGAGUCGGAGCGAAUCAAGGAACUGAUCACAAUGGAUUGGGAUGCCACUCAGCUACAUGUGCUGCCCAUGAUGCAAGUCAGCUAUAAAGGUUUACAGACACACUUAAACAAGUUUUCAGGAAAAUACGACCAAAUUGUGGCAUUCAAGCCUACUGGAUGGGUCUAUUCAGGCCUGAGCGAGUCUAUGGCAAAUAUUAGACCGCGUGUCAGGGGAAAUAUAACUGUUUACGACGUGCCCUACAGUGAACACAGUGGCUACCUGGAGAUGAAGAGAUUUGUCCAGUGGCUGAAACCAGAGAAAAUCAUUCCUACAGUAAACGUGGGAAACCCAAAGGAAAGAAGAGCAAUGGAGAGUGUCUUCAGGGAGUGGAAGUCUGAAAUGAAGCAGAAAACAAAUUAAAUACAUGUAGCAAAUGUGUGUUGCUCAACGGAUCGUGUCACCGCGUUCAAUAUGAACACUGUUUUAGUUGGCAAAACCUUUUUCCAGUCUUCGUUGCGUUUUCAUUUGAUGCACUUUUUUUGAAGGUUUGUCUGAGAUUUGUGCCACCAAGAAAUGUAUGUGUGCGGUCAAAGAGCAGCAUGUGCAACGGAGGUUAGAAGUGGUGUGCCUGAAAGACCAGAGCGUUUGGAAGUUACCUUCUAUGGUGCAUCUGUUAAUGUUCUCCCCUUUUAUGCACAACCAUUUUAAGGGAGAAUUGCAUUGCUUUGGAAGCCAUGGUGAAAAGCAGAACUUUAGUAACUUUUGAAUUUUUAAAUGUUGUCUUGUAUUUUAUGUUUUGCUUUUAGGACAAAGUCUAAAAGGUACCCGUGCUGUUCUAAAAGCAACAAGAAGUUGAAAUAGAACGUGUCCUAUUUAAAACACUACUAACCCUGAUGCUUCAUAUUUCUUUACUGAUUUACACAUUUAAAAAAAAAAAAGCUGGUUAUUUAAUGUAAGAGGAUUUUUAAUGUUUAAAUUGGAGAUAAUUAAAAAAAUGUAGUGUUAUGAACAAUAUAAUGAAUUGCCAUUGUUGAUGUAUGUUCUUGUAUUUAUGAAUGAGAUUUAAGACUGUCAUGUUACACUUGCAUUUUCAUAAUAAAGUUUAUAAUCUUUG